UAAUCGCUGGGAGGGAAUCAAACCGCGGGGCGAGAGUAUGAAUUCAUAAAGACACAGCAGCAUGGCGUCGUUUUCUCAUAGAAUCCGAGUCUAGUCGUAACGUUCAGAAUGCAUGUUUUAACGCGAUCAUAUUAGACAAAUAUCACGUCUAUAGGACUGACUUUAGUAACUUAAUUAAAAGCUGUUGUCACGUCGGCUGCGAAAAUUGGUCCAUUCAUAACUAUCUUUAAAAAGGAAGUCUGGUCCAAUCAAGGUUCAAUGGCCUGUUGAAACCGGAAGCUGUUGACGGGGGCGUUGUUUGUUUGUUAGUUUUAAAUGACAGAUGAUGAAUGACAUUUUUGAACAUUAAACUGCGAUAUAUAUAUAGAGAGAGAGAGAGAGAGAGAGAGAGAGAGAGCACUAAGAGUCUAAGACUUACUAAUACUAAUGUUUAGUUUUCGUAAUGGAAGCGAUUAGCACCUUUGUUUACUGAGAUGUUCAGGUACGUGAAGUCACCGAAACUCCGUCACAUCCCCCUGCCGCUCCUACAAAUGCUCGCGGCUGUCAAUUAUGUUGUCAAACUGGUAUGUCUCGUACGCGAUGAGUUAUAAUGCAGCUGAGAACGAGAACACAGUCGAUUUUAUGGAAGAAUUUCAAUUAAAAGCAUCGAAUAUGUGAAUACCUUGUAUUCGUACUUUAAAAAAAACAUUAAAAAAAAAAAACCUAUAGCCAUAAUAAUUUACAGCACCAAGGCAGAAAUCCCAGGAGUAAUCUGAAAGUAUUUUUCAUCCAAAGUUUCCUUGUACGGAACAUAAAAGAGUGUCAAGGUACAAUGCUAGGGUUUCCAGCGACAGGUUUCAGUUUGCUUUUCCUGCUGCAUCUUGUUUGGGGCAGAGUGAUCUACAAUGCAAAUGAUGUGUUUCUAGAAGAGAAGUCGGCAGAUUCAUUUCUCUCCCGUAACCUGUUGUAUAACAGUUGGGAUUUUGAGCUAGUAGUGCCUGCCAAUCUAGAGAGAGAAUGUAUUGAGGAGAUAUGCUCAUAUGAAGAGGCCAGAGAGGUGUUUGAAGAUGACAAAAAGACGGCUACUUUUUGGAAAACAUAUCUCAGCAGUCACGAAUCUUCGCCCAGAGUGGAUGUGUCUGGUUUGGUAGCUGGCAUUGUGGCUAUUGUAAUAGUAGGGAUUAUAGCCACUGUGUUGGGCAUUUAUUGCUACAAGAACAGAGGCAAAAAUCCUAGAGGGGGCAGCGUUCCUGUGCAAAUAGGUGUGGAUGGGCAGCCACUACCUGAAUCUGUGCCCUUGUCGAUCAUGGCUCCAGGUCUCCCCUCGUACAAUGAGGCUCUGGCCCACGGUGGCCAGCAUGAUGCACCUCCACCGCCGUACUCUGGGGAAAGUGCAUCGGCCCCACCUCAAACUCCAGAUGAGGAAUGACAGUCAUGAUGUUGUUGGUUUUUUAAAUGGGGGGGAGGGGUGAUACAUGGAUUUACUUGUGAAAAAGUGUAGCUUGAGUCACUAAGUGGGGUAUUUAUUACACUUAGGCUACAUGUUCCGCAGUUAACCCUAUUUUAUUCUUUAGAAUUAUUUUGCUACUAUCAUCAGGAACAAAGUUUCAGGGUGAAAUGUGAAUACUGUCAAUAUUUUCUCAGGUCAGGCUUGUUAUUGUUUUUUUUUAAAGAGUUUUAUGAAAUGUACUGCAAUUUUCAUUAUUGAUUAAAAAUUAAACGUAUACAAAACUUGAA